AAUGCAGUUUUAUUGCCUUCCUUCAACGAGGUAGGUCGUGUUUGUUGCAAACACUCAGCUUCUAGCACUGAUGUGAUCUUAGUGGUGAUGCCAGUUUAGAAUGAGGUAUAGUGUUGUAAUGAAGCUGCUAGUGAUAUUCGGUGCCGUUUUGGUCACGGUUGGUGGACAGUUAAAGCAUCCGCGCGUUUGUACGGACGAUGGUUGUCUGCUGGGAACAUCGAUGACGGAUACGAAGAACCUAAGGUUCGAUGCAUUCGUAGGCAUUCCCUUUGCAAAGCCACCGGUUGGAAAGCUUCGCUUUAAGAAACCCAUCCCAAUCGAACCUUGGACCGAAGAUUACAAUGCAACCGAAAGCAAACCUGCCUGCCUGCAGAAAUCAUUCCUGCUGCCCGGACAACCGAUCGUUGGCGAUGAAAAUUGUCUCUACUUGAAUGUGUACCGUCCCAAAGGCAACGGCAGUGCAGCCCCCCUGCCCGUAAUGGUGUUCAUACACGGUGGCGGGUACUUCUUUGGAUCAGCUGAUCCACAGCUGUACGGGCCGGAGCGAAUCCUGGCGACGAAACAAGUGAUCCUCGUCACACUCCAGUAUCGUCUCGGUGUGUUGGGCUUCCUUUCGACGGGCGAUGCACACGCUACCGGUAACUACGGUAUGCUCGAUCAAGUGUUAGCACUCCGAUGGGUCAAUCGACACAUCAGCGCCUUCGGUGGUGAUCCUCACGCGGUGACACUGUUCGGUGAAAGUGCGGGCGGUGCUUCCGUGCAGCUGCACAUGAUGUCUCCGCUCAGUGUGGGCUUGUUCCAGCGUGCGAUCAUCAUGAGCGGCAGUGCGCUGGCCGUGUGGAGUCUACCGAUACAGGAUCCACUGGCGUUGGCACGCAAGCAAGCAAAGCUGGUUGGUGUGUCCGAGGCGGAUGAGUUAACGACUGCCGAGCUGGUAGAUGUGCUGCAGUAUCUCGAUGCAAAGGUACUUACUGCCAGCAUGCCACACCUAAGAACGUGGUUCGAGCAUCCGAUCGUUAUGUAUCGGCCCACGGUACAGGGUGCCUCCGUACCGAGCGAGGAACGCUUCCUGCCGGACGAUCCUAGGAAGCUGUGGGCAGAAGGGCGUUAUGUGAACAUUCCGAUCAUGAUCGGUACAGUACCGAACGAAGGUGCCGUUGUGUCGCUUGCAAUAGUACACAACGAAACGAUUCUGGAGCAGUUCAAUGAGAACCUGAAGGAGCUGUUAGUGCCUGUUUUAGCCAUAAAUGCGACAGAUUCGGUUUUAGAGCAACUGAAAGGACGCUACUUUCCGAAGGCUGCCAAUAAUCAAUGGAUUCAGGAAGACAAUGCUGAUCAAUUCACAAAGAUGAUGUCUGAUGCAUUAAUUAAGUAUCCAACCAUAAAAACACUCCUGCAGUAUGCCAACUCCAAUCAAACAUCCUGCCGAGACACGACGCUCUAUUCGUUUGAGUUUGAGGGCCGUCACUCGUUCUCCUCACUCUACAUACAGUCGAACGCAAGCCAUGGCGUAUGCCAUCAGGAUGAGUUGCUCUACCUUUUCCGCAUAAUCGAUCUCUUCCCAGACUUCCCGCCCGACUCGCCCGAAACGGAAAUGUGCAACGCGUGGACCGAGUUUCUUGUCAACUUUGCAAGCAAUGGAACACGACCCGAUUCUUCAAGAUCGUGUGAAGCAAACAACAUUCAGACGGUCACUUUUGGUAAUGCAAAAUCAUCCCCUGAAGGUACGUCCGCUACGUCGGCCGUAUUGGUGUCGAGUGGAAAUGGAUUGGACGCGGAGAUGGAGAGAAUGCAUGAGUUUUGGAGUACUGUUUACGAUUCUUCGUACAUCGCGUAUCAUUAGUAGUUUACUUAAUUCUCAAGUUUGAUGUUGCAAUGUCUUAUACACACGAACACUCAAUCAUAAUAAACGUAAUACUAAUCCAUUUUUGAAGCAAAUUA